AUCCAAGCAGCAAGCCUCUGGAAUUGAACUAUGUCAUAUAAUUGCCUACCGCUACCUCGAAACGAUGCUCCUGAUUGAACUCUUUGAAAACUGGACACGAGCUGCAGCAUUUGCUGCACUGUUGCUCGUGCUCUCUAUUGGUGUGUAUCGUUGGAUCCACCCUAAAAAAUGUGCCAAAAAGUUUCCUACCAUGGCCCCAACCGGCACCUUGAAAACAAUAGCAGCAUUGGCAUCAGCCGACAAUCCAUGGUUCAUCUUCAGAACUGCCCAGUCAAUAGGGGUGUCUGUCUUCCGUUUGCCUCUACAGUUCCUCUGGGGGCCCAUGUUUGUGGUGGUUGGUGAUGCCAAGUUGGCUCGAACUAUUCUUGCUGACAAGAAAACUGAGAGGCCUGCUUCAAUCACCGCCUCAUCCGACUACAUUACCAAUGGGGCCCGUUCCUUUGCUUCAACCAAUGGGCCAUUCUGGCAUGUACGCCGCAAGGGUGUUACUCCAGCCUUCUCCUCUAGCCAUGUUCAACGGAUGAAUGCAGUUGCUGUGGCCAAGUGUGAUAAAUGGAUUGAAGAAAGAUUGAAACUCCUCAUUGACAAGGGAAAGUCCUUUGAUGUGGGGGAUGAAAUGCUUGAUAUGCUUCUAGUUGCCGUUUGUGAAACUGCUUUUGAGUAUACAAUCUCUCCUGAUGAAGUUAAGAUGUUCAAGCAUGACAUGGAUAUUGUAUUGCUUGAGUUUUUGUUCAAGGCCCUUUUCCAGCCCUGGCGUAGAGUCCUUGGAAGGGUACUUCCAGCUCAUCGCCGAGCUCGGUUGGCGGCUACACGGAUUCAAAACCUGAGCUUCAAGAUUAUUGAGGCAUACAAGAAGCUAGACAACCCUACUGAAGGGACCAUCAUGAACCUCAUCAUGUGCAACCAGGCUUACGAGAAUGAUGCAGAGCGAGCUGCUGACAUCACCAUGAUGCUGUUUGUUGGCCAUGACACAACUGCAAACACAUUGGCCUUUACCCUUAAGGAACUUGCUCAAAACCCACAGCAGCAGGAAGCACUCAGGCGUUCUAUCCGUGAAGAUGACCUCCAAGCACCCCACCAGCUUGAAAGCGUCCGCAACACUAUCCGUGAAAGCAUGCGCUUGCACCCAGUGUCUGCUGCUGGAACCAUGCGGGUUACUGGAAAGGACUUUGUAACCAUGGAUGGCAAACUCAUCCCUGCUGGCAGCAUUACCCAAAUGGCCUACAUGAUCAUGAUGCGCGACCCUUCUGUCUUUGGCAAGGAUUAUGACCAGUUUAUUCCUGCCCGCUGGGAGAAGGCCACACCGGAAAUGAAUCAAGCUUUUUUGCCCUUUGGAGCAGGACGCCAGAACUGUGUAGGCCAGUCCUUGGCAAAUGCUGAAGUGAAUUGCAUUCUUCCUCGCAUCAUUUCCCAAUUUGAGUUGACUGUUGAUGAGCCAGGUCAAAGUGAAUGCUUCUAUUCCGUUAAGCUAGUCAAUUGCAAGCUCAGAGCCAAGCCUAUUUCUCAAUCAUGAGAUGGGGAUGGAAUCAAACUCAGGCUGCCCCAUCAUGAUUUAGUUUGCACCACUUCAGUCAAAUGGAGAUAUUCAGAGGAUCUUUAGGAACUAUAGUUUUCGUUAUAACCCACCGGUAGCCAACCCAAAACAAGUAUCAUCAAGCAACCGCAGCCAGGCAAGCAUGACGCGCGGAAGUAGAUCCAAUUCAAGCGUAGCACUAGCUAGCUGGUAGUUUCUAUCGACGGAAAGGAGCCACCCUCCUGGCAAUGAAAAAGCUACAUUCUUUUAUCCGAAUCCGGCACGUGCACUUGCGUUGGUCAUCUGUGACAACUGGGGAGCGGCACGGGCUGGUAGGUUUUUGGCGGUAACAUACAUUGGUACGGUCCCUGCAAUUGCGACGCAUCAUUGGAUGUUACUGAUGACUGGGCGUUGCCGAGUGACAGUCAAUGACCGCUUCGCUUUUGGCUUUAGCACUCGCACUGUUUGCUGCAUUUGAUAAAUAUAGGCUCCCACCAGGUCAGGCGAAUGAGGAUGUCAAGCGCAAAGCGAACAUCAUUGCUCAAUCCGAAGAUAGCUGUACGACCUUCUCGAGGAGC